CCCAGCGAGCUGGAUUACUACGACGCGCCGAGCGUCAACGCGCGGUGCCAGAAGAUCUGUGACCAGUGGGACCUGCUGGGCUCCCUGACCCACAGCCGCCGCCAGGCGCUCGAGAAAACGGAGAAGCAGCUGGAGACCAUCGACGAGCUGCACCUGGAGUACGCCAAGCGCGCGGCGCCCUUCAACAACUGGAUGGAGAGCGCCAUGGAGGACCUGCAGGACAUGUUCAUCGUGCACACCAUCGAGGAGAUCCAGGGCCUGAUGGCGGCCCACGAGCAGUUCAAGUCGACGCUGCCGGACGCGGACAAGGAGCGGGAGGCGAUCCUGGGGAUCCAGCGGGAGGCGCAGCGCCUGGCGGAGCUGCACGGGAUCCAGCUGCCCGCCAGCAACCCCUACACCUCGGUCACGGCCCAGGUCAUCAACUCCAAGUGGGAGCGGGUGCAGCAGCUGGUGCCGCAGCGGGACCAGGCGCUGCAGGAGGAUGCCCCGGUGCCGUGGCCGCAGCACCUGCGCGUGGGCUGGGAGCAGCUGCUGACCACCAUCGCCCGCACCAUCAACGAGGUGGAGAACCAGAUCCUCACCCGCGACGCCAAGGGCAUCAGCCAGGAGCAGAUGCAGGAGUUCCGCGCCUCCUUCAACCACUUCGACAAGGACCACGGCGGCGCCCUGGGCCCGGAGGAGUUCAAGGCCUGUUUGAUCAGCCUGGGCUACGACGUCGAGAACGACCGGCAGGGCGACGCGGAAUUCCAGCGGAUCAUGGCCGUGGUGGAUCCCAACGGCAGCGGCAGCGUCACCUUCCAGGCCUUCAUCGACUUCAUGUCCCAGGAAACCACGGACACGGACACGGCCGAGCAGGUCAUCAACAGCUUCCGCGUGCUGGCCGGGGACAAGGAUCAGGCGCUUUAUUAG